AACCGGAGAAGCCUAGUUGUUGGCGGGCCGUGUGUCUGUAUAUGUGUGCUUUAUUAUUACUAUUAUUAUUUUCCUCCCUCCUCCCUUAUGUAUGAGCGCGCGUCGCAGGGUUAGACAGGGCUCCUGAAGCACUUGCUGUUCGUCCCGGGCUGAGGGGGAGAGCGCAAAGGGCGCGUGCAGCAGGUCAGACGGCGGCGGCGACUUCUCGCGCUGAGGUAACCCUCGCAGACACUAUGAGCCACCUGCGCGCCGUGGCUGCGCCCAGCGAGUGGGGCGAAGGCGGCAGGGAUUUGGGCUCUCAGCAGCAGCCACUGGAAGACAGCCUUCUGCUGGGACAGGAGGCGACGGCGGCAAGUCGCGGCUUCUCCUCAGCCUGGCUGGGCAUCUGCUGCCCAGGCCGGGUCACCUCGUCGCCCAGGUACCUGCUCUCAGGAGCAGCUGAGGGGGACGAGGAGGAAGAAGACGACGAGGAGGAGGACGAGGACGACGAGGAGCUUUUGGAGGCAGGCGCGGCCGAGCACUUGGGCGGCGGCGGCCGGAGCCGGAGCGGCGGGUCGGGGAAGCUGUGCGCGCUGCAGGAGCACCACCGUCGCCACCACCACCAGGCAGGCGGCACCCCUGGCGACGCGCAGGCUCCGCGGCCCCGCGCGCCCUGCCCCGUCGGCGGCGGGGGUCUGCUCCGCCAGGGCCCUCAGGUGAGCGGCGUGCAGAAGCAGAGGCGCCUGGCGGCCAACGCCCGCGAGCGGCGGCGGAUGCACGGGCUGAACCACGCCUUCGACCAGCUGCGCAAUGUCAUCCCCUCCUUCAACAACGACAAGAAGCUCUCCAAGUACGAGACGCUGCAGAUGGCGCAGAUCUACAUCAGCGCGCUGGCCGAGCUGCUGCACAGCCCACCUCCAGCCGACGGCGCCCCCGCCAGCCAGACAUACGAGCGCGCGCCCUGCACCCCGCCUGUAGGGGGCGCUCUGCAGCAACAGCCAAGGUCCCAGGCCUCGGGACACUGCCGGACGCGUUUUCCCCAAGAGCAGCCGGCUGGGGGCGGGGCAGGAGGAGGAGGCGGCUUCUCGGUGCAACUGGACCCGCUGCAUUUCCCCUCGUUCACGGAGUUGGGGCAGAAAGCCCCCUCGCCGGCGCAGCUCCUGCCGCCGUCGGGCCAGCCCCAGCAGGAGCGGAGGAAACCCUCGCCGCCGGCCCAUCGCAGCGAUGGGGAGUUCUCGCCCCGAUCCCAUUACAGUGACUCUGACGAGGCCAGCUAGGCGCGCGUCAGUCGGGCAGGGAGGGAUAGGUGAGAUCGGCGGCUGCCAGUCAAGCCGACCCUGAAGCUGACCCGGGAUGCGGGGGGAGGACUGCUUGUCAGACGGCUUGUGAAAGACGUUGCAGGCGUGAACAGGGCAGGAUCCUGGGCAUGUGGGGGCAAACAGACGCGUGUCGCAGGCUCUGACGGACUCACCUCGCCAGCCUUAGAAAGCUUUGGAAACCUGCGGGGGGAACUCUCCUUAACUUCUCUUUCUAGAAGUAGCCAUUUACCCUGUGCAGGUCUAGAACGGUAGGGAAAGCUUUUGAACCAUCAUUUCUCUUGAACUCUAUUCGUAAAGCACUGUGGUUGCUGUUCUCGCAAGCAAGCAAAGGGGGCUUUCUUCCAAGCAACUGUGCUUCGAAUCUUAGCUUUUAAGCGAUUUUCUAGAAGCCGAUAUUGGUACUGAAUGUAACCUGGUUUGUUUUUCUAGUUUUAAAAUUUGACUUCCCCUUCCCUGCUGGAAUCAGUUGCACAUACUUCACCAGAGAGAGUAAAACAGAUUCCGGAUUGCAGAUUCUAGGACAAUGGACUGUACCCAUCCUAAAUUAAGCACUGCUUUUGGGGACAGCUCCUCGAGGGUUCCUCGGAUGUAAACUCCAAAGCGUUCACUUGGGAUCGCUCCCUAGUAAGUUUCGGUCUCCAGAUGACAUUCACGUCACCCAGAAAUAGUACCUCGGGUUAAGAACUUUGCUUCAGGAUGAGAACAGAAAUCGCGCGGUGGCAGCGGGAGGCCCCAUUAGCUAAAGUGGU